UAAUGCUAUCAUAGCCGCAAGUAUCCGAGAUUAUGACCAAGGAGUAAAUUCAAGUUAGUUUGCAUCUAUCGAGUGUUUGUGUGCAGAUUAUAUUUUUCCAUGUGUCGCGUUCAUCGUAUGUACUUCGAUUUGUGUUUUUUUAAAAUCGUUGUUUCGCGAAUUUUAUUUUGUGUGAUUAAUCGGUAAUACGCGUAUUCAGUUCGAUUACGGUGCAAUUAAGUAUUUUAAAUGCUAAUUGACUUUUUCAUUUAAAUCUCGUGUGCUGUGACAAAUUUAUCAGUGAUUAGUGCAUGUUUAUACGCGUUGUGUAAUCUUCCAAGUACCUCUAAUCUCGGCCAUAAGAAGUCAUUUCACUUUUAUUAGAUUCGAAGAUGAUUUAAAAUUUUUCAUAUUAAAAACCCGUUAACAUGUACGUAACGGUGUUAUUGAUAACAAUUUGUGGUUGUAUAGUCGAAUGUGUGUUUGGCCACGUUGCCCUGACGUACCCUCCAGCUCGACAAUAUGAUUUGGAUUUCCUGGACAAUAGUCGAACCAAACCACCUUGUGGAAUGCCAAAAGGUUCCGUAAGGACAACGUUACUGGCAGGUUCUACUUUCAAUGCUACCUGGCAUUUGGCAUAUCCUCAUCGAGGAGGAUAUAGGCUGCAGGUUUUGGAUAGUUUGGAAAGACCUGUACUUGAUCUCACACCUGUAACAUCCGAUUCCGAAUUCGUGCGUACUGAUGUUACAGCUCAAUCGUACACUGUCGCGUUACCAGCCGAAUUUGAGUGUAUAGACUGUACCAUUAGAUUACUAAGGGAAGCCGCAGAAUGGUCGAAUAAUUAUAGAUUUUGGUCGUGCGCUGAUGUGGAUAUUAGAAGUCGUAAAACAUACAAAGAAGACUGCAGCGGGCAUGGAAAGCAUUUAUUAGGUAAAUGCAGAUGUGACAGAUUAUAUUACGGACCACGGUGCCAAUAUCGAGAUGAAUGUGUGGAUAAUGAGGAUUGCGGCGAUCAAGGACGGUGUAUCGAUGUACAAGCGACGACGGCGCCUAGAAAGCAAUGCUAUUGCGAAGCCGGAUGGUUUGGACCGGCGUGUGCGAAAAGGUCUAAUUUGAAGAGCACCGAUAUCGAUGUUAGCGCACAUAAUCACAGAGAACUCAAACCAGGCGUACAAUUGUACUGGAGAGUGAUGAUCGAAGAGAAUGAAAUCGAGGUAGUACUUCGCGCCAAUACCACCAGCUACAUCGGACUCGGAUGGCGCCCGAAGGACUUAACAGCCAGUUGCCGCAACUUCCCACAAAUUGCCGAGUUACCCUCAACCCCAUCUACCACUGCUCCUACCGCAGCCUCCUCUACAUCUGCCAAGAACUCCACAGAUCAACCGAACGCUAAAGCCGAACCUAGCCCGAAACACGAUCACGAACCUAAAGCUGAACCAGAACCGAAAUCGGAACCGGCACCUCCUAAGGCUGAACCAACACCCAAAAGUGAACCAGAACCGAAAGUUGAAAUUACCCCUAAAGUAGAAUUACCCAAAGUGAGACCAACAAUCAAACGUAAGACUGAACCCAAACAACGUCCCACUCAACGUAAAAAGGAACCAGAACCCAAGUCUGAACCGGAACCGAAAUCUGAACCUGAACCGAAAUCUGAGCCGGAACCAAAGAGUGAACCUGAACCUAAAUCGAUACCAGAACCGAAAAGUGAACCGGAACCAGAACCAGCUGCCACUACAAUAAAACCUAAAUUUAAGAAAGUAAAAGAACCAGAACCGAAAAGCGAACCAGAACCGUCUAGCGAGCCUGAGCCAUCCAGUGAACCAGAACCAAAAAGCGAACCGGAGCCUACCACUUAUAAGAGAACUAUUGAAACCACCACACCAACGUCUACUACCCCGACAACCACUACUCCACCUCCUAUUACCACGAAGAGACCGUUGUUUAGACCACGUUUGCCUUUCAGACCACAGCAACCGAAGAGUGUUCAAAAUAGAGUGGUUAGAAAUGGUGACAGUAGCGAGCAACAGCAUGCUGAUAGUGUUCCUGCCAGUGUUUCGUUCAGAGUCAACAACAAACAAGGUACCACUCCAUCGUCGGCGAGAGGUAAACGCCACACGAGAUUCAAUGAAAAACUAUCUCUAGAAGUGGAGCCAGAACCAGAGCCCAAAUCUGAACCAGAACCAGAAUCGAAAUCCGAACCUGAGCCAGAACCGAAAUCUAAACCAGAACCCAAAGCCGAACCUGAGCCAAAAUCCGAACCAGAGCCUAAAUCUGAACCAGAACCUAAAUCCGAGCCGGAACCAAAAUCAGAACCGAAAGCAAAAUCCGAGCCUUCAGCUACCGCCGAACCUAGUUCCAAAGCUGCCAAAGAUAAAACAAAUAAGCCGAAAGAUUCUCAAGUCGAAAACUUUUUGCCGUACACACCGCGCCAUGAUUUUAGCCCGAUGGAUUGCACUGAUAUGGUAAUAGGUACGGCCAGAGGAACAACCAGCCGCAUUUGGGAUUAUUACACCAGAGAUAGGUCAACACCUCGACUUGAUACGUUCUGGGGAGGUAGAAAUGAUUUAAUGGCUGCUGUCGGUUCGGAAAUUGAUGGAGUUACCACGAUUGCUUUUAGGAAGAAAUUGAAAAGUACUGAACCAACUGAUCAUAGCAUCGAACAAGAAGCAAUGCAUGUCAUCUGGGCAAUCGGUCAAGACAGUAAACAAUAUAAACACUUCCCUAAAUCUGGAUUAGAACGUGACAACGCAUCGAUCAAAGAUUUCUAUAGGGAAGAUGAAUUGAAAUAUCACGGCCACGGUGACCAGCGCGGAGUUACCACGAUUAAUUUUUUCGGUGAACAACAAGAACCAGUCGUAGAAUCGAAAAAUGGCAGCACCGUUGAAGAAUCAGCUAAACCUGCCGUCCCUGUGAAUUCCUGUCGAGGAGAAUGGAGUACUCCGAAAAAUUGCGAUGUUAGCAAAGGUCAAUGCGAAUACCAUAUACAAUGGGGCUAUUCUUCUCGCAACGAUUACAUAACUUUCACUAUAACGACGACUCGUACGGCUGCAUGGACCGGCGUAGGUUUCUCUGAUGAUUACAAAAUGUCUCAGACAGAUGCUAUUCUUGGAUGGGUAGAUCAACAAACUGGCCGAGCCUUUGUGAUGGAUACGUGGAUCAAUGGAUAUGGUGCACCAGUAUUAGAUCCGGAUCAAAAUGUGUUUAAUUAUACUGGUCAAAUUAAGGAUGGUUUAAUGACGUUGACUUUCUCAAGAAAAAGGAUUAGUAGCGAUGCCAAAGAUUUUUCGUUUACCGAAGACAAAUGCUAUUAUUUCAUGUACCCAAUUAGAGGGGGUGGAUUUAACGCGGUAAACAAGAAAAUUAAGAAGCACGAGUCCGUUCCUUUGGUUUCCAAUCAAAGAAUUUGUUUCAAACAAUGCCCUAUUGAUGAAGAAGUACCUAUCGAUGAAAAGCCUAAAUUAGUUUACAACGUACAAGUCAAAUUACUAAACGUAGGCGAAAAUUUCCACGCACCUUCUCCAGGAUCUCCUGAUUUCGAUGUUUUAGCCAACACUGUAACCAGCGGAUUCAAGAAGAAGUUAUCUAAAUUCCCAGGAUUCCAAAAAAUGGAUAUAAUUCAAUUCCAGCAGGAAGGAAGUAACGUUGUGACUGACAUGAAUGUUCAAAUCGACGAACAACAGUAUGAAAGCAGAGGAAGAUCCUUAGCAAAUGAUAAUCCAUCAGAUGAAUUAGAAACAUUAUUGAAAGAAACAGUUUCCGGAGGCAGUGUGGGUGCUCUGACUUUGGACAAACAAUAUUUGAAAUUCCAACCAGCUCAAUUACGAAGCGUCUCACCGGACGAAAGUAAAGAAAGUGGAGGUAUAUUUAUGUCGAUCACGAAACUCUGGAUCGUCGUAGGCUGCAUAUCCGCUCUAGUUAUAAUCGCCAUAAUCCAAGCCGGCUGUACGAUUUACCGUACGAGUCGAAAACCAGUAAAACACAACAAAAUCAUCUUUUUCCAGGAGCACAUGGUACCUAGCUCAGCGUGGAAAGAUUAUUCCACCGCUAGUACGAAUUACGCGUUCGAUGCGUUCGAAUCUGAAGAAAAACAACCCGGUUCGUUGAACCACCAUACCAACGGUUCGUCCCGUUCAACGAUUCCAAUCCGGGAUAAGCACAUGUCACCGGCGAUGGCAGCUUACCACGCUAAUAAUGGCUCCAGUGGACAUUACGGUGAUAUUAGAUCGAUGCAUAGAUCACGAGAACGUAACGGCGUCAGCCAUCAUCCUCAGGAGAGAAGUACAUACUCGUUACCUAGACCACCUCAGCAGCCACCUCCUCAACCGCCGCAUCAUAAUGGAUAUUACACUCAGCGUCCGAAUAGACACCAAUCCGAAAACAAUCUGCAGCCUGAUUUCUACUUCAUGCCAUCCCAGAGGAAAUAUUCCGGUGAAGUUGUAAGAGUUUACGUUGAUUAUAAUACAAACCCCAGGAAAUAAUUAUAAUAAGCCUGUAUAUAGACAAAUUACAUAGACUGAAUUCGUAUUUUACCUAUAUAAUCUACACUUUUAAAAUACCUACGAAAAAAAUAUUUACACUGACACGUUACCCAAUACAUGUUCGUUAUUUUGCAGUACUGAAACCGUCCACAAACUCAGUCUCGUUCUCUGAAGUCGAAUAGGACUACGUGUAAUUCCAUGUACCACAUUAGCAGUUGACAGGCAAUUUUGAUUAAGUGAUUUUUAUAGUAUCUCGCGUCGGCAGAAAUGUUCGUUUUAUUAUCUACCUCUAGUUAACAAAAUCUAACAAUUUUGAUGCUUUAGUUGCUUCUAAAAAAUGCUUGAAAAUCCAUGCUUUAAGAUCAACGUGUUGGGUUAGGAGAUUACAAAUUGCAUGAUUUAGACGCUAAUGUGUUGUAGGUUUUGUUAUCCUACGCGUAAAAUUACUCGUACUUAUGGUGGGAAUGUUGUGUUGUGGACUGCAAGUGUGGUGUAUAUUGUUCCUAUAACUAAGUUGGUUUUUUGAAUUUGAGUGCCAAAGCUGCGAAUAUAAAAUUAUCUACUUAAUUUUGUUUUUAUAGUAAACGAUAAUCCAUGUGUAAAUAUCCUCUAUGUGCAGAAAAAUAUUCCCUUACGUUUACUAUCACCGUUUACCAGGCGAAUUGUGUACAUAUUAUUAACCGAUAGGCGAAUUUUUUAAAUUUAUUUAACCAAUAGCAGAUCGUUUAUUGCGCUACGAAGUUGCAUUUUUAAAUUAUAACAUGACUGUAAAUAUUAUUAGACUAUUUAAACAUUCUAAGUCAAAAUUAUCCAUUAAUUUUGUACAUGUUUGUAUAUAAAUGUAAAUGUAUUAUAUUUUCAUCUUUGUAAAUAAUACUACUAGUACCUCGAAUAUUUUUUAUACUGUUUUGUAUGUGAAUAUCGUUUUGUAUUUCAUUUUAUAAAAAAUAAAUAGCGAAUAAUUUUUGUUUAAAA